AUGAAUGAUUCCAAUUUCUGCAAGAUGAUCCACAUGAAAAGGACUCUUUGCUGUAAAUACAAGCAGGUGGAGAAUGUCAUUGCUGAAAGUGAAAAGGUUUUUGACAGACUUGAUGAAGCAGCACCUGCAGCUUCAAAGAAAGAAUGGUUAGCCAGUGAGAGGAUUGCUCAGUCUAGCAGAAUAAAUAAUCCUGUAGUGAUGGAUGUAUAUGAGAUUAAUAUCAAGAAGGCACUGAGCAAAAAGGAGAUCAAGCUUAGGCUGCUGGGGGAGGGUAAUGCCUGUAAUGCAGCACCUGCUUGCAGAUCAGUGGCAACAUGGAUAUCAAUGGGGUUGGCAAUUGAAGAGGCUCAAAUUGCAUUGGUCAUUGAGCUCCAAAGAAUUGGAAGAAGAACUACAGAGACACAGAGAUUAGACAUU